UAUGCGUGACCCAGGCCAUGGUAUUUUCAUUCGCCUCAUAUGCCUGUGAAAGCUAGACAGUGAAUAAGGAAGAAUUGAUGCCUUUGAAUUAUAGCAUUGGCAAAGAAUACUGAAUCUACCAGACUGCCAGAAGAAUGAACAAAUGUGCCUUGGACGAAGCACAGCCAGAACACUCCUUAAAAGGGAGGAUGGUGAGAAUUCAUCUUGCAUAAACUGGACAUGUUACCAGGAGGAACCAGUCCCUGGAGAAGAACAUCAUGCUUGAUAAAGUAUAAAGUUGAUGAAGAAAAGGAAGACCCUGAAUGAAAUGGAUUGACAUAGUGGCUACAACAACGGGCUUAAACAUAGCAAUAAUUGUGAGAAUGGCGAAGGACCGAGUAGUGUUUCCUUCUGUCGUACAUAGGGUGGCUAUGAGGCGGAACCAACUGGACAGCACCGAACGACACAAAGGAGCACUUUUGAUUUCCUCACCCUCCACAGGAAACAGGAGAAAUGCAUAGUCUUCUACACCCUGAGUGAAGACUAUACCUUUGCAUACACCGUGCUCUUCCACACCUCUCUUCUUCCUUCAUCUAUUUUUGUAAACUCGUGCUGAAGAGUAACUUCCGAUCCUGACUUCCUCAAACCUCAGACAAGCUGCUGCCUCUUAACUCCGAGGUGAAUUCUCUCUGAUGAAAGGACAUCUUCGGUUACAGUUCCCGACCUGACCCUCAUGCUUCUGAGGCUCCUGCUGUUGAUCUAUGGAGUCCGCGUCUCUGAUGUGAGCUUGGAGACACAGCCCCCAGGGGGCCAGGUGAUGGAGGGAAAAAAGCUGGUCCUUGUCUGCUCGGUCGCUAAGGGCACAGGAAACAUCACCUUCCUCUGGUACAAAGGGGCCAUGGGUUUCAAACUGGGCACAAAGACCCUGCGUUCCUUAACUGCAGACUUUGAGAUCCUUACGGCGAGGGAGAGUGAUGCUGAGCAAUAUUACUGUGCAGCUGACAAUGGCUAUGGCCCCAGCCUCAGUGGGCUGGUGAGCAUCACUGUCAGAAUUCCAGUGUCUCAUCCAGUCCUCACCCUCAGGGCUACUGGGGCCCAGGCUGUGGUGGGGGAUGUGGUGGAGCUUCACUGUGAGGCCCAAAGAGGCUCUCCCCCAAUCCUAUACCGGUUCUAUCACGAAGAUAUCAUCUUGGGGAACAGCUCAGCCCCCUCUGGAGGAGGAGCAUCCUUCAACCUGACUGCAGAGCAUUCUGGGAACUACUUCUGUGAGGCCGACAAUGGCCUGGGGACCCAGCACAGUGAAGCCGUGCUACUCAACAUCACAGUGCCUACCAAGGACAGAAGGGAACUUCUUACUAUAGGAGUCAUCGAGGGGCUACUCGGCACCCUUGGUCCCACCUCUGUCGUCCUACUCUUUUGUUACUGGCUCAAGAAAAAAAUAGGAAAACGGUCAGCCAGGGAUCCACUCAGGAGCCCUCCCAGCCCUGUACCCCAAGACUUUACCUAUGUCAACUCACCUACCCCAGCGCCGCUGCAGCCCGUGUAUGAAAAUGUGAACGUUCUAAGUGGGGAUGACGUCUACUCACUGGUGUACUGUAGCCAGCAGGAACGGAAACCAGCAGCAGAGCCGCCAAGGACACUUACUGAGGAUGAGGUCUCCUUAGCCAUCUAUUCUAAGGUGAAGCAGGCAAGCAAUAUGGAUGUGGACUAUGAAGAUGCAAUGUAAAACUAUGGAAUAUUCCACCUUUUUAAAACCAUCCAUGAGCCCAAGCCUCAGAUCCAACAUGUUCUUCAGAGAUCACAGGGGAGCCGGCUUUCUGGUACACCUCACCCAGGUGCUUUGCUCCAUGAGCCUAAUCCUUCAUCUACCGUGAAGUCACUGUAAGCCCUGAAGAGACCAUCCAGGAGAACUAACGUGGAUACAGGAGUGGGAAGAACUGUGUUAUGGAAGAGCUGGUUUCCUGCUGGUUCCUCUGGGAUGGGCCAAAACGUGCUCUUAAUUCUUUUCGCAAGAGGAAAUGGUGGGAUAAAAGGGGUUGGGCUCUCCUGGUGGAGAAAUAGUGAAGCUAAGAGUGCGUGGACCCAGGGAGAGUGGUUUUGUAGAACUGCUCCAACAAGACAGCUGUGUCCAUGGUUUUGUCUAAGUAUUUUCUCAGCACAGGCAGUAGAGAACCCCACUUAGGUUAAUCAUCAUGUUUCUGCCUAAAAUACACUAUUCAGUAUAUUUUGGGUCAAGUUAGCAAAUUAGAACUAAAACAAAAUUACAUAAAGAAUUAUGGUGGCCACACUCAAUUUUAAUAAUGUGUUAUCCAGGCUGAUCUAAAUGUCUCAAUAUUUAUGAGAAAUAAUCUCUAUCCAAAAUUCUGUGUCUGCUGCAACCUCUAGAAGGUUUGUGAAUAUAUUUUUUACUUCUUUCAUUCAUAAAUUUCUUGAAAACAUGUAUAAUAUGGUUUGGAGUCUGUGUUUUAAUUUGAAAGCAAUCGCACACUCUUACAAAUGAAAGCAAUUUGCAUAAAAAAUAA